AUGAAGCUGAAAGUGUAUGCGGACCGCAUGUCCCAGCCAUCCCGCGCGAUUCUCAUCUUUUGCAAAAUCAAUGGAAUAGAAUUUGAAGAGAUCCAUAUCGAACUUUCCAAACGCCAGCAUCUAUCUCCCGAAUUUCAAGCGAUUAACCCUCUCAAGAAAGUUCCUGUUAUUGUUGAUGGAAGGUACAAGCUAUUCGAAAGUCAUGCAAUUCUUAUCUAUAUUGCUUCUGCAUUUCCUGGAGUUGCAAACCAUUGGUACCCAGCUGAUGCUUCGAGGAAAGCUAAAAUCCACUCAGUGUUAGAUUGGCAUCACCUGAAUUUGCGCCGCGGAGCAGCCGGAUAUGUUCUAAAUACUGUAUUAGCUCCAUUAUUGGGUUUACCACUAAACGCACAAGCAGCUGCUGAAGCCGAGAAAGUUUUGGCAUCAUCUCUGUCCACAAUAGAGAAUAUUUGGCUUAAGGGUGACGGACCGUUCUUGCUUGGCAGCUUUCGACCUUCCAUAGCAGAUCUCAGUCUUGUCUGUGAAAUUAUGCAAUUACAGCUUUUAGACGAGAAGGAUCAUGAUCGUAUUAUUGGCCCAUACAAGAAAGUUCAACAGUGGAUUGAGAGCACAAAAAAUGCAACGAAGCCACAUUUUGAUGAAGUUCACAAUGUCCUCUAUAAGCUCAAAGCGAGGCUUUCAGUGCGGCAAUCUAGUAAAGCAGAUGGCCAAAUUAAAUCUGGGAUUAAAGCUCCCAUAGUUUCCAAGAUGUGA